AUGCUCAGAGCUCGUUUCCAGUCCACAAUUGCAGCUUCUACCUCUCAUAGUGCGGCAAACACUGCAGUGUCUGCUACUUCAGCAUCUGUAGCGAAGGCUACACCAGAUGUAGUAGUCAAACCUAUUGUGGGUUAUUGGAUGCUGACAAUCAGCGCCAUGACAUUUGGUAUCGUAGUCGUUGGAGGCAUGACCCGCUUGACCGAGAGUGGCCUGUCAAUUGUCGAAUGGAACUUGAUCAAGGGUAUGAAACCUCCUCGCUCUCAAGAAGAGUGGAAUGAAGAGUUUGAAAAGUAUAAACAGUUUCCCGAAUACAAAAUCUUGAAUCGUGGAAUGACUCUUGAAGAAUUUAAGCGUAUCUUUUACUAUGAAUGGUCGCAUCGCAUGUUAGGCCGUGCAAUUGGUGCAGCCUUCAUCUUACCUGGUCUUUACUUUGCUGCUCGAGGAAUGCUCACUAAGAAUAUUGCUCGUCGAUCCUUGAUUAUUGGUGGACUUAUUGGCUUUCAGGGCGCUUUAGGAUGGUAUAUGGUCAAGUCCGGACUGGAUGAGCAAUUGAUGAAUACUCCUGGCGCUACACCAAGAGUCUCACAAUACAGACUGGCUGCUCAUCUUGGAAGCGCGUUUUUGAUCUACACUGGAGCCUUCAUGACUGGUUUGAAGAUUUUGACUGAUUACAAAGUUUCCAAGGGCGGAUACGAAGUAAGUGUGAGCUUGGCUGCUGCACUUAACAACCCUGCUUUGAAGCGCUUUAAGGGUGCUGCACAUGGAAUCGUUGCCCUUGUCUUCUUGACAGCUAUUUCUGGAGCCUUUGUCGCUGGUCUCGAUGCCGGUUUGAUUUAUAACGAGUUUCCCCUUAUGGGUGGUCGUUUGAUGCCUCCUGUGAAUGAACUCUUUGAUGAGAAGUUUGUCCGUCAAGGCGAAAAUCCCAAACUCGGCCUUUGGAGGAAUAUGUUUGAUAACCAAGUUACUGUCCAGUUCAAUCACCGUGUCCUUGCUACUACAACCUUUACUGCUGUUUCGUCUCUGUUCUUGUACUCGCGUGGAUUGUCUCUGCCCCCCCAUGUCCGUCUCGGCGUCAAUGUACUGAUGGGAAUUGCUUGUUGUCAAGUUGGUCUUGGUAUUGCCACAUUGCUCUACAUGGUCCCUGUUUCUCUUGGCACCGCACAUCAAGCCGGUUCUUUGACUCUACUGACUUCAGCACUGUAUCUCAUGCACAGCAUGAAAAAACUUCCUAUUGCCAAGAAGAUUCCUUUAAAAUAG